AGCAAGGUUGGUUGGGUGUCAUUGAGUGGGAAAGUGGGCACUCCCCUUCACCACCAAUCCACAAAGAAAUCUAUAAAACACCCUCUCGCAAUUGAAAGGAGUUCGAAGGAAAAGGCGAUGGACGAAUGCGGUUCCGAUGCAUGAGCUCAUGAGGGUAGCAGAGCACAAGGGGGUCACCAUCUCUAUCGUGUAAUAAAACAAGAUCUUGGAGAGGCCGUGGAAGUGUAAAUAAGGACUCUGGCAGGGAGAAAUGUUCAAGGGCUGUAGCAAAGAGAAAUGUUAAGGAGAUGGGCAAGAAGGGAAGCUGGUUCAGUGCACUCAAGAAGGCCUUCACCUCAAGCCCCAAGGAGAAGCCAACAAAUGUGCAUCAGCUGGUAGCGCAGUUCCCGCCGCAGCACGGGCAUGCGAGGGAGAAGAAGCGAUGGGGAGGCUACGGGCGGUCGCGGCAGCACGUGGAGCCGGCGUCGCCGCCGGCGGGCGCGCUAAUCAACAUCCCGCUGUACCGCGAGCCGAGCAGCAUCGAGAAGAUCCUCGGCGACGCGGAGAUGGAGCAGCAGCAGCGCCAGUACUACGCCGCCACCAGGGCGCAGUACCAGAUCACGCCUGCCAAGCCCACCAACGUCACCUCUGCUGCUGCUGCUACUGCUUCUGCUGCGCAGCUGCCGCUGCCGCCGCCGGUGACGGCGCGUGAGCGUGAGCGCGAGCGCGACAAACCGGCCACCGUGGUGCUGCCGUUGCCCCCGCCGUCUCCGCCCCCGCUGAUCAGGAGGUUCGACCAUGACAGGGAGCAGCAGCAGAAGCUGCAGCAGCAACAGCAGAGCAGAGCCGAGACCGAGUGGCGCCAGCAGCCGAGGCGGCACCGCGUGGCGAGGCAGCGUGCCGCGCCGCCGGACCGCGCGCGCGCCGCGGCCGUGGCGAUCCAGGCCGCGUUCCGGGGCUACAUGGCGCGGCGGAACUACGGGUCGCUGCGCGGGCUGAUCCGGCUGCAGGGCGUCAUGCGGGGCGCGAGCGUGCGGCGGCAGACGGCGCAGGCGAUGCGGUGCAUGCAGACGCUGGUGCGCGUGCAGGCGCAUGUGCGUGCCAGCCGCGUGGAGGCCAUGGAGCGGCGCAACCGGCAGCACCACGGCGCCAUGCUCAGGGACGGCGGCAGGUGGCGCGCCAGGUCCCAGGAUGGCGGCAUAUGGGACCACAGCUUGCUCACGCCGGAGGAGGCGGACGCCCGGACGAAGCGGAAAGUGGAGGCCGUCAUCAAGCGCGAGAGAGCCCUGGCCUACGCCUACUCGCAUCAGCUGCUGAAGGCGACGCCGAUGGCGGCUCACGCGAUCCUGGCGGACCUGCAGUCGGGGCGGAGCCCCUGGUGGUGGACACCCAUCGAUCGCCGCCAAGAGCCCGAGGCCUAUCGUCCCGUCGAGCCGAUCAAGCAUAGGCCUGUUCCAUCCAUUGUGCACCGUGAGAUGACAACAGCAAUAACGACGGCGGCGGCGACCCCGGCCCGGUCGGUGGUAUCGUCCUACUCCAAGCCCAGGCCUACGAGGAUCGUCAAGGGAGCCCCGCCGCCGUCGAGCCACGCGGGGAGCAUCCGUGACGACGAGAGCCUGACGAGCUGCCCGGCGUUCGGCGCCGUGCCCAACUACAUGACGCCCACGCUGUCGGCCUCCGCGAAGGCAAGGGCGCGGGCGCACCUGCAACAGCAGCAGCAGCAAAAGGCGGCACAGGAGAAGCCCAGGUUCUCGUUCGGGCUGGGACAGAGCAUCGGGAGCUGGGCCAAGAGCCCGUUCUGGAAGGGCGGUGGCGACGGGCAGUCGUCGCGGGUGGGCACGCCGGCAACGUCGGUGGCCGACGGGCGGCACCGGUCCACGCGGUCGAUCAGCGGCCUAAGCGUGGACUCCACCGUGUCCAUGCCGGCCGGGGUCGGCAGGAGGCCCUUCAAGUAGCUGCUUUGCAAUUGCGUUCUUCCAUCUUCUUUUGACGCAUUCAUGCUUGGAGUUCGGUGCAACAUUUCGUGGCUGUACGUGCAACGUGCUUGGUGGUGUGGUUUGGUGUGGGUUUCCGUCUCUGCACGCGUCUGGUGGUUCGUCACGUGGUGUUGCCUCGAGAGCCCUUCUCGGUUUUUGAGGGGCCGGUGGCUGUGGUGUGUACACGCGGCGAGUCGCCCCAUGCGUUUGUGCCUGUGCGACACGCGAUGCAUGCGUUGUUCCGUGUCGGGACUCGGGAGUCCAUUGUUCGUGCCAACAACUUUAUUUUAACAACUUUAUUUUCGCUA